CUCACUCAUCGUUCAGCGUGUUCGGUUCGGUUCGGUGAACGGGUGGUACUCAGCCCAACAACGGUAGUGGAUUGCCAGCUUGCGCGAGCUGCAUGCCGGUCGGUGUAUCGAAUCGCGAAAAUUCAAAACAAAGUGAUUUGCUGUACGUACAUCCAGCUUCGCAUUUUCCAGGAGAAACCCAUCAAUCAAUCAGCGUGUGCAAUAACAAGUUUUCAGUGAAGGUGAAUCAAUGAAACAAGUGCCCCGAAGUGCGUAUACGUUAGUCGAGAAUUGUGAUUGUUCAAUAUCGGAAAUAAGCAAAUAAACGCAAGGGCAGCGGCGUUGCUUGAUGAGUGUGAACCAAGUCUAUUACCGGCAGCGGCGCAUGAAUUAGUGUGUGAUUCUGGACAGUGUUUUCGAACAUCAGAAAUCCCACAAGCGACUCAAUCGCGAGCGAAGCAAACGCACAUGUUUACCCUGCUGACCGCUUAGGCGUAAAGUUUUGCUGUUUUCUACACCGUCAAAUGUUGCUGCCAUCGUACGCCGGCGGUGGUUGUUUCUAGUUCGGUGGACAAAAAUAAUAAUUAAAUAAUUUGGCAAGCAAAUUUGGACGACAACUGGCAAAACACGUGAAAGUUUGUGCCUUGCUUGGGUUGGGGCUGCUUACUAUAUACGGAAGUGAGAAAAACAAAUACGAGAUAAAAAAAAUGCCAAACAAGUUCAAAAGUGCUUGCAAAGAUGAGUUGGUUCUGCGAAACUGCGGCAUGGGGCACUUUCCGGCAGAGGAGUUUGUCAAAUCUCAGUGGCAGUCGCGCACAAAGUCGACCUUCUUCCUGCUCUACCGGCUAUCGCUGGCCGUUUUCUUCACGGCCGUUGUCAUCAACUCCAUCGUAGUCAGCGUCAGCACCGAAGAGUGGGCCAAAUACUUCAUCUACCUGACCCACUGGGGCAUCAUGAUGUGCAUGGGAACGACCGUCAUGGGAGCCAUUCUGGUCGCCAGCUGGUACUACCACCCGGAGUUCUCAGAUAAAAUUUGCAACAACGAGGAAAUGCCACGCGCCUUCAAGAUCUAUUGGAUGAUGCACAAUAUAACGUUGAUUUUGUCGAUUUGCAUUACUAUCAUCUACUGGACUAUAUUGCACAACGAUGAAAUGCCAAUGGAUGCCAACAAUAUCCUGAUCCACGCCGCCAACUGCAUGUUCAUGCUGAUCGAUCUCAUCAUCGUGGCUUACCCAGUGCGAAUAUGGCACGUGGUGCAACCGAUCUGCUUCGGGCUGCUCUACUGCUUCUUCUCGGUGAUCUACUACCUGUGUGACGGUACCGACAAAAAGGGUCGCCCAUUCAUCUACAACGUGCUGGACUGGCGCUCGCCCGGUAAGGCCAUGAUAACCGUCGUCGGGACGAUCGUGCUGGCCAUCGUUGUCCACGUGCUGAUGUUCUUCCUGUACAAACUGAGAAGUUUCCUGUUCGUGCGUUGUUUCAACCCGAAGACGAUUCUGCCCACCAACUCCACCGUCAACCUGCAGCAGGGUAAAACGUGCGACGGCAUUUCCAUGGUUUAUGGCAAUGACAAUCGCGGAUUUACCAUCAACGAAAAAUAUUAGCUUACGGGGGGAUUCAACUCCCUGAUAUUUUCUGCGCUGGACUGUCAGUAGAUCGCGGAGUUUCAAUCGAUGGGUUGAGGAAAUUGGUGGAACCAAUGCACAAAUAAAGAUAAAUUAACUAUUUUAAGAAGAAUUUGGUAAGAAUGCGUGCGUCAGAGAAUAGUUGAGAAUUGAGUCAAAUUCAAUUACGAUUAGAUUUAUAAGUGCAUCUGUGAUUCGAAGUAUGAAAGAGUGUAACAUACUAUUAUUUAAUUGACGAGUUGGUGUAACAACAAAUUAGUUUUAAAAAAGGAAAGUAUUCGAAACCAAUAAA